AUGGCAGAAUCCAAAGACUUCAAGGGCACCAUGCCCAACCUCGAUCUCGAGAACACCACUAGCAACAAUGGCUUCGGCCGGGUUGAACACGUCGACGGACUACACAGAUCCCUAAGUAAUCGCCAAAUACAAUGGUUAGCCCUAGGGGGUUCCAUCGGCACUGCUCUGUUCGUCAGUAUCGGAUGGGGUCUGAUCGAAGGCGGACCGGGUUCCUUGUUCAUCGCCUUCCUCUUCUACAGCAUGGUCAUUGGCAGCAUCAACAGCGGUCUCGCAGAGAUGACGGUGUAUAUGCCUGUUGCUGGCGCAUUUUUGCGCUUCGCCGGCAAAUGGGUCGACGAUGCGUUCGCGUUCAUGGCCGGUUGGAACUUCUUCCUCUAUGAGGCCAUUCUCAUCCCGUUCGAGAUAUCGGCGCUUACUUUGGUCCUGACGUUCUGGCGCGACGACAUACCGAUUUGGGCCGUUUGUCUGGGCUGUAUCGUCCUCUAUGCUAUCAUCAACGUCUUCGCUGUACGCUGGUACGGUGAAGCCGAGUUCUGGCUUUCUUCGGGCAAGCUCAUCUUGAUUCUGAUCUUGUACUCUUUCACUUUUGUCACGAUGGUCGGCGGGAAGCCCAAGCACGACGCGUACGGGUUUCGCUAUUGGAACAGCCCAGGCUCCUUCGCCGAGUAUAUCACCACAGGCUCGUUGGGGAAAUUUGAGGGAUUUUUGGGCUCACUCUUCACCGCAGCCUUCACGGUCUGUGGUCCAGAGUACAUUUCCAUGGUCGCUGGAGAAGCUGUCUACCCUCGCAUCACCAUCAAAAUGGCCUUUAAAACAGUGUAUCGGCGCUUUGGUGCCUUCUUCAUUCUCGGAGCCUUGUGUGUGGGCAUUGUGGUCCCAUACAACGACAAGACACUCAUCACCAAUCUGAGCACCAAGGGUGGCUCCUCGGGCGCGUCAUCCGCAUAUAUCAUUGCCAUGCAGAACAUGGGUGUUCACGGGCUGCCUCAUCUUGUGAAUGCACUCCUGGUCACCAGCAUCUUUUCCGCCGGCAAUACGUAUGUCUUCAUGGCUACACGGUCUUUGUAUAGCUUGUCUCUUCAAGGACAGGCACCAAAAUUCCUUCGCGCCACCUCCAGAAAUGGGAUUCCGUAUUACUGCUUCUUGGUGACCAUGGCAUUCCCAUUCCUCAGCUUUCUCCAGGUCAGCAGUGGCUCAGCUCAAGCGUUGAAGUGGUUGGUCAACCUUAUCACCGCGUCUCAGGAGAUCCACUAUAUCGUCAUGGCUACGACAUACUUGUUCUUCUAUCGAGCACUGAAAGCGCAAGGGGUAGACCGUCGAACUCUGCCAUACAGAGGUUGGGGUCAGCCGUACGUCAAUAUAUUUGGCUUGACCAUUGUUUCCAUCGUGGUCGUCAUUCAAGGAUAUUACGUCUUCAUGCCGGGCAGCUGGGACAUCGGCAACUUCUUCACAUACUACACCAUGAUAUUCGCAUGUCUCGUCUUCUUUUGUGGGUGGAAGCUCGUCAAGCGGACCAAAUUCGUACCUGCUGCGACUGCAGACUUGGUGUGGGACAAGGCUGUCAUCGACGCUUAUGAAGAAGCCACACACCCGCCUCUUGGUAUCUGGGAGGAUAUCUGGGUGCCUUCUCUGGCAACUAUUCGUGUCAGGAAAUGGGAAGACAGGCGAAGGAUGAACGUGGCCCGCCGGAGGAGUAGUGCGGCAAGGUCAAGCGGCGAGAUGCAGAUGGCAACUCCCGAAAAGUGA